CAUCAUAUAAUAGUGAUGAGAAACUUAGUGGGUAUCUUACCAUUAGAGAUAACAAUUUUAGUAUAGUUUAUUAACCUAAUUUUUACUUAACAUAAUAUUAUCAUAUUAGUUAGAUACUUAGAGCAUAAUUAAUGUGAAUCUCUUAGAAUAUGGUUUUUAGCAUAAUAUAAGAAAUUUCUCUUAGCUUUUAACUAAGAAAAACUAAGAAACGUCUUUUAAAUAAGAGAUAUAAGACCAUCCGCAUUAGCGGUUUAUAACAGGUUCGUGGGCUCGAAAUCUUAGGCCCGGUGGAUUUAAAAAAAAAAAGAAAAAUGCUAUUAGUUUGAUGAAACGGGCCUUGCGCAUGAACCCGUAAGGGGCGGAUUUUGCCACGCGGCGUACGCUGGUAGGUCAAGCGUUCCGCGUUGACGAGGAGGAAAGUCGGGCCACGUCGUGUUUCUUCUCAUUUUCCCCUUUCUCUGAAAAUACUAGGGUUUCACCGUGAGAGGCGACUUUUCGUGCGACGACGAUUCCCGGCGAUUUUCUCGACGUAAUCGACGACGAGCUCUUCUAUCCACGAGCGUAGGUGAGUACCUUGUAGGUUUAUAGCUUUAUUGGGUCGAUUUCGGGGUGGGAAGCAAUUAUUCGAUUUUGAAAAAAAUUUGGGGGUUUCGAGCAAGGGAUAUAAAUCGAUAUAGGGGUUUCGAUUUUGUGAUGGUGGUUUGUUUUAAGGUUCAUUUCUUUGGGAUCUAAAUCGAAUUGUGAAAAAAAAAAUAUUGGAGGAUUAGACCUUUGAACCGAAUUUUUGACAUAGCAAUAUAGAUAGCAUCAAUGGUUACUAGUCGAUUAACAGCUUCAGUAUGCUUUCUUGAAUGGAAAAACAAACCACAUUUUUGAUUUCUAUAGUUCUGUGGUCUUGUGUGGUCUAUAGUAGUUGGAUGCCAUUUUUUUAAAUUGGAACUCAAUUAAUACAUGUAAUUGGAACUCGAUUGUUGCAGAUGGAAACUCCCCGAGAACCUCAUUUCUUCAAGCCUCUUCUUCCUGGUUUUCAAAGUGGCGUGGCAAUACCACUUGACUUCUACUCAAAACACAUACAAGGGGCUGAGAUCAAUAAACCAUGGAAGCUAAGAUCGGACGCUUCGGAUCAAAUUUGGGAGGUGAUCCGAGAAGGCAGGACACUCACCAAAGGUUGGAAAGAGUUCACCGAAGCACAUGAUCUUCGAAUCGGUGACAUUGUCAUCUUCAAACACGAAGGAGACAUGGUCUUUCAUGUGACUCCUUUUGGUCCUAGCUGUUGUGAGAUUCAGUAUACAUCCUCACAUCGUUAAGGAAGAAGCCGACGCGGAUGAUGCUCCUACUUUCUCAUACGACUACUGCUUCUUGGCUGAGGUUACUGCUACAAAUCAAAAGGACGACAAAAUGGUGAGUAAAAUUUUGACUAUGUUACACACAAUAUUUAGUUAUUUCUUUGUUUGUAGUACUGCUUCUUGGCUGAUGUUAUUUCUGUGUUUGUAGUUUCUUCCUGUGGAAGCUAUGUGGUGUGGUGCUUUGAACCAACAAUGCAAAGAGGUCAAACUUGUCAACAAGGAGGGAAAGUCAUGGACUGCGAGCUUCGGAUUUAGCGAAUCAGACGGCGCAUAUUACAUCAGCAGAGGGUGGAGAAAGUUCUGUCGUGAUAACAGAUGCACCAACGGAGCUUUGUUUGUGUUCAACGUGGUUGGAGACGGGACGACAACUCCAUUACUGUGUGUAUGUACGGAAAGGAAGGAGUGUACUGAACUACUGAUCAACCACUUCAGCAGAAUCGAUGGUAAGUCUUCUCAUUUGACUUGUUUGUGUUGUCUAUAUCUUCAAUGUUACUACUUUGCUUCUGCUUUAACUUGUGUUCUCUUCUUCUACAGGUAGCAUUGCUUCUACCUCACGAAAUUAGAUGGCUCUUUUGCGGUCUUUCCUCUCUAUCAUCUUAACUUGUUUCUUUUUGUUUCAUUAGCAACUUAUCAACUUAUGUAUUUCGGUUUGUAAAACUUGAAUGGUUUUUCUAUGUGAACUUUUAUGCUAAGUUAAACAUUCUCGAACAAGAAUUCCUUUGUUGAAUGCGUAGACUGAUCAUCGAACAAAAUGUUUCUAUGAAUUGAAUUUAAGUUAAGAAACAACGUAAAUUUUUAAAACAUAGCUUUUCUACAUCUGAAAACACAAACCAAAAUAUUAAAACAUAUCUCGAAAGCCAAAACUUAAACUCCAAAACUCUAACAUAGCUUUUCUACAUCUGAAAACACAAACCAAAAUAUUAAAACAUAUCUCGAAACCAAAACUUAAAAUCCAAAACUAAAACAUAGCUUUUCUACAUCUGAAAUGGCACUCUUUAUCCCGAUGAUAUGUUCGAGAUUUAGAGAAUCAUGAUCGUUUGAAAGCUGAUUUAGUCGAAAAUAUUUGGCAAAAGUUUAGUUUCUCGUUUUAUGUAAUCUACUCUUAAUGUAUUGAAUAAAAUGUUUUCAUCAAUUUUAUAAUAUAUUUUAAUAUUUUAUUCAUGAAUUCUGAAUAAUUUUUAAUUUAAAAAAAUAAAAAAAUAUUAUUAUUUUAUUCCUAUGAACUCUUUCUUCGGGUUCACUAAUGCAGAAAACAACAAAUUCGGGUUCAUAACUGUUCAUGGAUCCACAAAAAAAUAUUAAAAAAAUUUGGUGAACCCCAAAGUGGGGUUCACCAAUGCUCAUGCUAAGAGCAUCCGCAAUGGUGAGUCUCACCAUGGAGUCCUUAGCAUUAUUAUAAUAAUUUUUUUUUGUUUGAAUAGUUAAGGAUCCUAAUCCAAAAGGUAUGUCCAAUGGUGUUCUCCAAUUUGAAGUCCUUAGGAAUUAAAAAAUAAUAAUUUUUUGUAUAAAAGUGAAAUUAAUUUUUUUUAUAAAAGUGAAAUUAAUUUUUUUUUAAUUGCAUGAUUAAAUAUAAAGAUACAACAUUUAUUAAUCUUCAUUCACCAAAUUUGUUCCAAAUAUUUUUAAUUAAAUCAUUUUUCAAUCGUUGAUGUAAAUGCUUAUCGUGAACAUCAUCCCGAAUGCCGAGCAUAUUAUGGAUAUUUGUAGGCCUCUCGGUAUCCACCCGUGAACUUCUGCUGCAGUCUCCUUCUUCAAAUUCAUAUAGAUCGUACCGAAUGUACCCAUCUCGUUCGUUUUCGACUAUCAUAUUGUGUAGUAUGAUACGUGCUCGCAUAAUCUUCCCUAUCUUUUUUGUCCAAUGAAAGAGACGGAUUUUUCACAAUCACAAAUCGAGCUUGCAAUACUCUAUAAGCCCGUUCCACAUAUUGUGUAGGUCUCUCUUUAGCUAAUUUCUUUUGCUAAAAUAUAUAUUAUAUACUACUUUUUUGUUGACACAGAAUUUCAAAAUUUACUAGAAGUAACGAAAUCGAAACUCAGUUGCUUAUAUUUCUAUAUUGCGCAAAAUGUUACCCUUUAGAUUGUGUGUUUUCGUUUUGUGUUGGAGUAAACAAACCAUUAUAUUUGAGUGAUUAAUCUAAACGUCCUACACAAUUAUAUAAAGAGAAGUAUAUGUGUAUUUACCUUCACAAUCUAAACUUCCGACUUUUUUUCCUCCACUACGAAACACAAAAGCCUUACAUCCAUUCACAAGUAGCCACGUACCAUAAGGAUCAAGUCCUAAAAUUCCUUAGAGCACCCGCAACCGUGGAUUUUGAUCAAUCCUUAGACCAAAUCCGUAGGAUUAGGGUAUUAAAAAAAUAAUAUUUAUGCUUAAUGGAGGAAGGACUGGGCCGUCGCGAGGGUUUAGACGGAUCGAAUCCUUAGACACGUGGCUUCUUCUGAGUGGGUGCGUGGGCUAUGCGUUUGGGUGGGGUCAAAAAAAAAGUCAUUUUCCAUCGAAACCGAAAAAAAAAAAAAGUUAAGGAGAGAAAGGCGAUUUACAGGCGAUCUCUCUCGAUCUCGCUCCCUCGGCUCCAGCUAAGGUUUACGAUAAUGGGACAAUACAGUUACAGCCAGCCAUCUUCAUCAUCAAACUCUCAAGACUUAAACUCCCUCCUUCAAGCCGAAGCAGAGAUGUACGCGGCUGAAGCUGAGAUAAGUCAGUGGAAUGCAGAGGCCAUUCACAACGAACCAUCACCAGAGGGUGAUGAUGGAAUCCCCAGGACAUGCUACUGUGGGUCGGAGCCUGUUCACAGUUAUUCCCAAACUCCUAAAGAUCCAUACCGACGGUACAUUACGUGCCCCAAUGCUGAUGAUGGAGACUGCCACGUCUGGAAAUGGUGGGACGUGGCCGUCGAGGAGGAGAUGAGGGACAUUCAGACGGAGCUUAGUGAGCUUAAGGGUGAAGCCAAUGAGCGUGAGCAGAAGCUGCUCAUCCUUGAGAAGAGAAUAGGCGAGCUUACAAAGAAGAAAUCAGGAGCUAAGCUAAUGGUCUUUACCAUAGUUUUAGUAGGGUUGGUGUUACUUAUAAAUGUGCUAGGUUAGUUUCUUUAAUUGUUUCAUCUCUUUUAGUUAUCAAAUUUUAUAGUUUGAGAAAGUUGAUUGUUUGUUCUUCUUUUUCAGGAAAAAUUGAGAAGGAUUCAAAGGAGUGGGGCGUACCAGCUAUGUUUCUUUAACGAGGUAAUUUUUUAACUUUCUGGUGUUUUAACUAUUGAAAACUAUUAGUGGUGUUUUAGAAACCGGAAGGAAAAAUAGCUACAAAACUUAAGUUGAUAGCUACGGUUGCGGGUUUACUUAGUCAAAGAGUUAAUGAAACUCAAUUGCUUUCCACCCUAUGAGUUGGUUUGAUUUGAUGUGCUUUUAUUGGUGUAGAAUAGUUAAAAAACUUAAGUUGCUAGUAGCUACCAUUGUACUUUACUUAGUAGAAUAGUUAAUGAAACUCAACUGCUGUGGUGUGAUUGCUUUUAAUUAGUUAAGUGAUAGAAGGCUUAUUAAUAAGCCCUCUGUGUCGCUAGUAGAGUGUCACAGAGAAGCAAUUGAAACCAUGGCUAAUAACUCACAAAGUUUUACUAGCUUUCUCCUUAGUCAAAAUACAGUUGACCUUGAUUCACCAGAACCUUUUUGGUUCGGUAGUCAAGGUCCUGAUGUGUCUGGUAGCGAGGUUCCUGUUGCGUCUCCUGUGCUGUCUGGUACCGACGUUGGUGCUAAGUCUGGUGUGAAUUCUAACCCUGAGAGGAGGAAAUGGACUCUAGCAGAGGAUAAAAUCCUUAUUGGUGCUUGGCUAAACACCAGUAAGGACCCUGUGGUGAGCAACGAGCAGAAAGCCGGUGCUUUCUGGUUCCGUAUAGUUGAGUACUACAACGCCAGUCCCCUCCUCGCUGGGACAAUACGGAGAGAACUAAUGUCUUGCAAGCAGAGGUGGGCAAGGAUAAACGGCGACGUUGCCAAGUUUGCUGGCUCCUAUGAUGCGGCUCUGAGGGAGCAGAGAAGUGGGCAAAACGAUGAUGAUGUGAUGAAAACGGCGUUAGACAUUUUCUUCAAAACGUUCGGCUACAAGUUCGCCAUGGAUCACUGCUGGAGGGAGCUGAGGCACGACCAGAAAUGGUGCUCCUUAUAUCCGGCAAAGGAGAAGCGCAAACAAGCUGUGGAGGUGGAUAGAGAAGAAGAGCAGUUUGUCGAUCCAGAGGUUAGACCACCAGGGGUAAAGGCUGCGAAAGCUGGUAAGAAGAAGAAGAGUGGCAGGGAGGAGGAGUUGUCGCAGCUACAGGGGGUUUUAGAAAUUAAACAAAAACUGUCAAAACAGAAGCUUCUUGAUCGUUUACUCGCAAAAACAGAACCUCUCUCUGAAAUGGAAAUCAGUCUUAAGCUCAAACUAAUGUCAGAAAUGUUAUGAUCUUUUAUUAAUCUUGCUUUUUAGGUAUUAUAACUAUUUUGUGUACUUGAUCACUCUGUUAUUUGAUCGAAAUUGAUAUUUUUUAAAAUGCUUACUAACUCUUGUCACUCUGUUUUGACAGGUUGACGCAUGUGGGAAGGAGUCACGGGUGCAUUUGGUCUGUAGCUCUUGUGGGAAGGAGUCACGGGUGUUGCAGGAGCCACGGGUGUUGUAGGAGUCACGGAUGACUCUGUUUCCUUUAGUAUAAGUAGUAGUGUUGUAGUUGUCUCUGAGAGUUUGUAUUAAUCAACUCUCUUUGUUUUCCUCGGAGCUGUUCUUAUCUACCACUGCACUGAAUUUUAGGUAAUCUACUCUAUUUGUUUUCAAACUUGGAAAAAAACGUGUAUCCUCUAUAUUUGAAUGAUUGUCUGAUCCCUUCUAGUAUUUGCUUGUUCGGACUAAUACCAUCUAAUAAUAUUUAGAAAUUCCUUCUAGUGCACAUUUGAACCAUAUAGAGUUUCAAAUGACUAUGAUUGAUACGUUUUAAAUGGUAUCACGAUAAUGAGUCUACACGUUUUAAAUGGAUGUGAACAUAUAAUAGUUAGAAAUUCAGUUGAUUACGAUCACGAUUAUGAGUCUUGGGUUGUAGUCUUACUUGAAAUUAUUAUUAGCCUGUAGCACAAAUUUGAUUACGAGUCAAACCAAACCAAUAAUGAACUUUAAUGUGGAGUAAACCAAUGAAACCAAUGUUGAAAUUUAAUGAAAUUUGAUUAUGUAACAUUGCCCUUUUGUUUAAAAUAAUAUUUUGGUUAAAACUAUAAUAAAAAUGUCUAUCCAAACUUAUUUGUUUAAGAUAAUUAUUUUCUAGAAAUGUCAUCAUCUUCAUCCGAUGAAGUCGAUGCAAGAUUGGACGAAAUUUGUGAUGAAUACGUGGAAGAAAUAUACAACGACAUAGUGGAGACCCAAACCAUACCACAAAGGACACGUCAGUAUGUUGAACGACACCGCGAAGGAGGACAAGACCAGUUAUGGAAUGACUAUUUCAGCGAAGAUCCGACAUUCUCGACUGCAAUUUUCAGACGCCGUUUUCGCAUGAAUAAGAAUUUAUUCUUGCGUCUUGUUCAUGGCCUAGAAGAGUACUUUCCAUUCUUCCAGCAAAGAAGAGAUGCAACCGGGAGAUGGAGUCUUACGGCACUACAAAAAUGUACUGCUGCUAUUCGACUGCUUGCUUAUGGUAAUGCGGCUGACACCGUUGAUGAAUAUCUCCGACUUGCUGAGACCACUGCACUUUCGUGUUUACAUAAUUUCACAGACGGAAUUAUACAAUUAUUUGGAAAUGAGUAUCUACGACGACCCACACCGGAGGAUCUCCAACGGCUAUUAGAUAUUGGAGAGAAACGAGGGUUUCCUGGGAUGGUCGGGAGCAUUGAUUGUAUGCAUUGGGAGUGGAAAAACUGCCCAACCGCUUGGAAAGGACAAUAUGCACGUGGAUCGGGAAAACCGACAAUUGUCUUAGAGGCGGUAGCUUCUCACGAUCUUUGGAUAUGGCACGCCUUUUUUGGUCCUCCAGGUACCUUAAACGAUAUUAAUGUUCUCGAUCGAUCUCCUGUUUUUGAUGACAUUUUACAAGGUCGAGCUCCGAGGGUAAAGUACAUGGUCAACGGACACACGUAUAAGUUGGCGUACUACCUCACAGACGGUAUAUAUCCAAAAUGGUCGACAUUUAUCCAAUCUAUCACACUCCCACAAACUCCUCAACAUGAGUUAUUUGCUAAAGUUCAAGAAGCAACCCGAAAAGAUGUGGAGCGGGCUUUUGGAGUUUUGCAAUCUCGAUUUGCAAUUGUUAGAAAUCCGGUUAAAACAUUGAACAAAGAAAAGAUAGGGAAGAUUAUGAGAGCCUGUAUCAUACUCCACAAUAUGAUAGUCGAAGAUGAACGGGAUGGAUACUCUCGUAUUGAUAUAUCUGAAUUUGAAGAAGGAGACGCCUCCAGAUGUUCAGAGGUGGAAACCGAGAUGCCAACAAAUCUGAACAAUAUCUUUCCCACUCGGAAUGAUCUUCGUGAUAGGCAAACGCAUGAAAGAUUGAAGAAUGAUUUAAUCCAAAAUAUUUGGAAUAAAUUUGGUGAUGAAGAUUAACAAUUAUUCUAUAUUUAUGUAAAAUUUUUGUUUUUAUGUUUAAUUAAUGUAUUUUAAGUUUAAUUAUUGUUUUAAUGUAAAUUUAUUGUAUUUUUAUGUUAAGUUAUGGAUUAAUUAAUGUAUUAAUUAAUGUAUUUUAUGUUAAAUUAAU